CUGUGAUUAAUAAUAAGAACGACACGAUAUAUAACGGAGCAGAAGAGAAAGAGAGAGAAAGAGAAAGCCAAGAGCGAUCUCUCUCAUACACACUCUUUCUCUCUCUCUCUCAAUUGGUUUCCAAAUUCAAUCCAUGUGAGCUUCGAGCGUCGAUGCAUGUCGCUGGUCUUUCGCUGGAUCUCUAUUGGUGCCUUCAAUUCGUUUUCACUGCGUUUCUUUUAGCACUUGGAUUACUUCACCUGGUAAAGAACACGGCUUCGAAGUAUUUCGUCGUCGACGCUAAUUUUGACGAAGGAAGUGGUGCGUCUGUUGAGGGUCAUCGCCGGACUGGUCGCGACGAGAUGCUUGCCGUUGCCGGUGACGGCGAUGGCUGCGCUGUUUGUGGCAAUUCGGCGAAUAAGAAGUGUGCGCGUUGCAAACUUGUUCGAUAUUGCUCCCAAACAUGCCAAGCAGAACAUUGGAAAUCAAUUCACAAAUCAGAAUGCAAGGUAGUCAAAUCAUCUGGCAUUAUAUCUUUGAUACCAUCUGUCAGUGAUGCCAGAAGGAGAGCAGUCUUUGUGGAUAUAUCUCCAUCAGAUCCUGGUCAUGGAAAUUGUAUGGUUCAGCGGUCAAAGAAGAUUCUUUUCCCUUAUGAUGAAUUUGUGAAGCUUUUCAACUGGGACAAGCCAGGAUUUCCACCUUGUGGCCUUAUAAAUUGUGGAAACAGCUGCUUUGCGAAUGUGGUUCUGCAAUGUCUUUCAUGCACGCGGCCACUGGUUGCCUACUUGUUGGAGAAAGGUCACCGGAGAGAAUGCAGGCGGAAUGAUUGGUGCUUCUUAUGUGAACUUCAAACCCAUGUUGAAAGAGCUAGUCACAAUUUGCAUCCCUUUUCACCUAUCAAUAUUCUCUCUCGGUUACCUAAUAUUGGUGGUAAUCUUGGCUAUGGAAAACAAGAGGAUGCUCACGAGUUCAUGAGGUUCGCAAUUGACACAAUGCAAUCAGUUUGCCUUGAUGAAUUUGGGGGAGAAAGAGCCCUCCAUCCGAGCUCCCAGGAGACAACCCUUAUUCAACAUAUAUUUGGUGGUCACCUCCAAUCUCAGGUGAUUUGUACAAAAUGCAAUAAGAUAUCAAAUCGAUAUGAAAAUAUGAUGGAUUUGACCGUUGAGAUUCAAGGAGAUGCAGCAUCUUUGGAGAAUUGCCUAGACCAGUUCACUGUUAAAGAGUGGCUUGACGGUGAAAAUAUGUAUAAAUGUGAUGGAUGCAAUGACUAUGUCAAGGCAUGGAAGCGUCUUACAGUUCGCCAGGCUCCAAAUAUUCUUACCAUUGCUCUUAAAAGAUUUCAGAGCGGAAGGUUUGGGAAACUAAACAAGAAAGUGACUUUUCCAGAGGCUUUAGAUCUUGGCCCAUACAUGAGUGAAUCGGUAGAUGGCACCAAUUUGUAUAGGCUGUAUGCUGUUGUUGUGCAUGUGGACAUGCUGAAUGCAUCUUUUUUUGGACAUUAUAUUUGUUAUACAAAGGAUUUCCAGGGAAACUGGUACAGGAUUGAUGACUGUAAGGUCAUCACUGUUGAAUUGGAGGAGGUACUUGCUCAGGGAGCUUAUAUGCUAUUAUAUAGUAGGAACUGUGUGCGGCCUCCUUGUUCCAAUUCCAUGGAAUCUUCAGCGGAGCAGGGACAAAUGGUGGCAGAGGCCCAAGAAUCAGGGCCGUGUUCACAAGCACCAGUUGAACCCUUGAACAUUGUGGAUACACAAUCUUCUGAUGUUUCACACUCAAAUGAAUCUAUACCAGAGGAAGAGUUGUCUGUGCAAGUUGGUGAAGAUUCAAAGUCCACUAGUGGUGGUCCACAGGAUAUGCACGUUGAUGAUCCUCGUUGCUCUUCCUCUGGUUCAAAGGAUAUUGAAUGCCAUAGCAAAGAAGGUUAUCAUGCAGGAGUUGCGUCUGUCGAACUCGAGCUUAAAGAACUUCCUGAUUUGCCGCUUUCUAGUGACACACUUUCUGAUAUGGUUCAAAGUAAAGAAUGUGAAUCAUCCAGCUCUUAUUCUGUUCAUGAAACCUGUUUUGAGGAUGGAAGUGGAGCAACGACUAAUUAUGCAAAUGACUUGUCUUUGGAGUCUUCAACUAAAAAUUCCCUGUCCAGUCAGAAUAUUGUCUAUGAAAUGGCGGAGACAUCUCUUGAGGUUUGUACUGCUGCUUCAAGCUUGGUUGGAGAAAAGUCAGAUGGAGCAAAUCAUGCUGGUUCUGAAACUUUGCCAAGCCCUAGUUUGGAGUCGGUGGUAGCUGUUAAGCCAAUGGAGUGUUCCCCUGCAGCUCAGACUGCUGAUAGCAAAGUUUCAAGAUUGUCUGGAGUGAAAUCCUCCUGCAAGGGAAAUUUGAAGCCACUGUUCUCUCCAGGUUUUCUUAACAAAAGCACUACAAGUAGAUCUCUGAAAAGACCAGCAAAAACUGAUAUAGAACAUACUGAUUGUUUUUCCAUGAAGGAUGAGAGGAACUGCAACAGAGUCGCAAAACCUGCUUUUCCUGGUCGGAGCAUUGAUGAAGUUUGUCAACAUAUGGAAUUUUCCUUGGAUGGUGGUAGUGCAUUAACAAUGUGUUCUGUUCAGAAACAGUCUGGGAAUUGUCUAGAUGAUGAUGAGAAGUUAAAUAAAGAAGCAUGUGGGGCUUUUGAUCCCCGUAAUGAUAAUGGAUGCAAUGGAGGUGCAGUAUCUACUCUGUCUGAUAAAAACAACAGAAACAAUCAUAAUUGUGACAGUCGACGAGAGAAAGUCUGUGAGACUGGCAGUGGUCAGCUUGUGAAUCACUGUUUGCCUGUUCAGCGGCUAGAAAGCAACUCUAGUUCCAAAGAGAAGUUGAAGCCACUGCCUUCAUCUGGUUUUCUUGAUAGUCACAGGAGGGGAGAAAUGCUGGGCCCAGAUGGGGAAGCUCGAAAACAACCUGGUGAAGUUGGUGCUCCCUGCAUGGUUGACGUGAUAUGCAAUGGUAUUGCUGAACAUGCUCUUGAUCAUCAAAAUAUUUCGGAGGCUAAUGGUCAUGGUCAACUUGUUUCAGAUUCUAAUGGUACCUCAGUAUCUUGUUUUAUUGGCCAAGCCAAGCAGCUUGUGAAUAAGGAUAAGAUGGUCAGAAAAGAAUUUGCUGAAGUUGGUUACUCCGGGAACAACUGCAGCAGAGAUUCUGUUCUUUCUGAUGAGAAUGGUGAAUGCAUUAAUAACAUUGGUUCUGGACAGGUGCCAUUCUGUGGUACUAGCAGGAGUCAACUUGUAGAUUGCAGGACUCCAUUUCAUUCUACUUCUUAUAAUAACAUGCCAUUAGGAAAGAAUUACUCAAACAAGAAUGAGGAAAGCCGGGAACUUAAUGAAACCAUCCAUCACCACGAGGUUGAAACAGACUGCCAAAGAUUGUCUGAUGGGAGACCGGUAACCUCCUGUGAAAUGGCAAAGCCACUAAAGAAGCAACCUCUGAACAUGACCUACAUUUCCCCCAAAGAACCAUGGUCAGUACGACAGCCUUUGGAGCCAAGUUGUGAUUGCAAAGGAUACUUCAAUGCCACUCUUACAGAUGAAGGUGGACAAGAUUUUAAGAGGCAAAGACAUGUGUGAAUUAGAAGCUAACAGAUCAAGAAUGCUGUUGAUGCUGUUGAUGCUGUGAUUUCCUGAGGUUAGGGAGGCUGAGAGAAGAAAGAAGACAGGUGCUGGCAACAAUUUAUUUGAUGGCAUUUAAGGUGUAUUCUUUCCACUUAUUUGAUAAAUAUUUUUGCAUGGUACUACCACAAAGAAAUGCUGUUGGUAGAUUCAUCUUGGGUUUUCAAUAUUUUCUAGAAAUCUCUGAUGAUCCUCAGCCAUGUUACCUGCACUUCAUAUUCUUGUAGCAACAGAUCACAAAUUGUUAAUGAGUUUAUCUAUAUUCCUAUUUUUUUUUUCUUUACUU